UUCUGAAACACUACCGGAAGCAGACCCUGCCGACCCGGACGUUGUUUUGAGUCGCGCUAAGCAAAACAUUUGAUCGAUGAGCUAAAACUGUUUUUUUCUGGGUUAAAACCUUAUUUUACAGGGUCAUGGCUCACAUCACCAUCAACCAGUACCUGCAGCAGGUUUACGAGGCCAUCGAUAACCGGGAGGGUUUGUUCUGCGCUGAGCUGCUGUCCUUCAAACACCCGCACGUCGCCAACCCCCGUCUGCAGCUCGCGAGUCCAGAAGAAAAGUGUCAGCAGCUUCUGGAGCCGCCGUACGAUGAGAUGGUCGCCGCUCACCUCAGGUGCACGUACGCUGUAUCCAACCACGACUUUGUUGAAGCCUACAAGUUCCAGACGCUUGUCGUUCAGUCCUUCCUGAGGGCCUUCCAGUCUCAUAAAGAGGAAAACUGGGCGCUGCCGGUGAUGUUCGCCGUCACAUUGGACCUCAGGAUCUUCGCCAACAACGCGGAGCAACAGUUACAGAAGAAGGGCAAAGGUCAGCCGGCCGAGAUGUUAGAGAAAGCUGCAGAACAGCUGAUGAGCUGCUUCAGAGUGUGUGCCAGCGACAAUCGAGCGGGCAUCGAUGACUCAAAGAAGUGGGGGAUGAUGUUUCUGAGCAACCAGCUCUUCAAGAUCUACUUCAAGAUCAACAAGCUGCAUCUGUGUAAACCUCUGAUCCGAGCCAUCGACAGCUCCAACCUGAAGAACGACUACAGCCCCGCUCAGAAGGUCACGUACAAGUACUACGUGGGCCGCAAGGCCAUGUUCGACAGCGACUUCAAGCCAGCCGAGGAGUUUCUGUCCUUUGCUUUCCAUCACUGUCACCGCUCGAGUCAGAAGAACAAGAGGAUGAUCCUCAUCUACCUGUUGCCCGUCAAGAUGCUGCUGGGUCACAUGCCAACUCACCAGCUGCUGAGGAAAUACGACCUCAUGCAGUUUGCCGACAUCACCAAAUCUGUGAGCGAGGGGAACCUACUGCUGCUGAACGAAGCUCUUUCCAAACACGAGACGUUCUUCAUCCGCUGCGGGAUCUUCCUCAUCCUGGAGAAGCUGAAGAUCAUCACCUACAGGAACCUCUUCAAGAAAGUAUAUCAUAAGACUAACCUGCUGCUCAAGACUCACCAGCUGCCUCGACUCCUCCUGGUUGCUCUGAAGAUGAUGCAGCUGGAGGACGUCGACCUGGACGAGGUGCAAUGUAUCCUGGCAAACCUCAUAUACAUGGGUCACAUCAAAGGCUACAUCUCCCAUCAGCACCAGAAGCUCGUGGUCAGUAAACAGAAUCCGUUCCCUCCUCUCUCCUCAGUCUCCUAGACUACGUUACCCACAAUCCCCUCUGGCUGUGUUGAAUAGUUUUUUACCUGGUGCUGUAAACAGUGAUGUGAAUAAACAGCUGCUUCGUGCGGCGUGUUGAACUCUGAUGGUG